UCAUAAUAAUCCAUUGAAGCUUUGGUUCUAUCAAGUAUCUGGCAUUCAUCUUUUAUUUUACCCUCUUGUAUUUUAUUUUAUUUUUCGUUUUAUAAACUAUUGAGGAGGUUCUUCAUGCAGAGCUGUAUCUGUUUUUCCUUUACUAGAACUCCAUAUAAAGUCUGUUUUUCCUUUACUAGAAUUCCAUAUAAAUUUUGCUUUAUACUCAUUUAUUUUCUUUCUGAAAUGAGACGGUAUAGUAUUUUUUGUUGGUAUAAUUAUGUGGAGAAGAUUUGUUUGUGAAGACUUGAUAUAAUGUGAAACAGACAUGUAUUAUUGAUUAUUUUGAUUUUAAGCCACUGAGGGCAUGUAUUAAUGACGGUGAUGAUUUUAAAGUGGUAAUGAAGUUCAUACGGUUGUUGAAUACAUCUAUGCAUAUAAGAGGAGAAAAACUUAGCUUUUUGUAUAAUACUAUUGUUGAAGUCCAUUUAUUCUCUGACGCUGCACUGUCUAUCCUUUCUUGUGAUCACAUGUAAGUUGGAGUUAGAAUUAGGUUCAGGAACGCUUCUUAUGCUACCGUUUCCAUUUUAGUUGCUCUGGUUUUUCUGUAUUUUUAAUAUGUUGGGGUUUCUUGUGGAUUAAUGUAUAAUAUGUUAGUUAUGAAAAACUCAAACGCAUAAUCCACAAUCACUGAAACUGUUAUUUUUUUUUUCUUCUAAGUCCGAAGUGAAAAAAGUUUGAAAGUUAUCUUAGAUACACUAAGAGUCAAGUUUUAGGCUGAUGCAUGCUGGAUCUCCUAGACUUUCUCACUUAGUGUACAUUGGGUUUUCUUUUCCCUUAAUGAAUUCAUUGAAAAACUAAGUAAUUUUUAUUUUUUGAUUAAUAACAAUGUGGCUCCUUUUCUUCAUGAGUGGAGGGUUUGGUGCCUGUAGUGUUGGGAACCUUAAGGAUGGCGAGUUGUUUGGAGGUGGGAUAUUGGUUCUAAAUUCACACUCGAGUCUUUGGUAUGGUGCUUUAGACUAGUGGGAUUUGUUUUAGGCCUCCCAAAAUUUCAUAGGGUGUUGGUACAUUUAGUUUGAGUUGUAACACUUAUCUUAUUAUGAGAGUAUGUUUUGGGAAUUGCAUAAAUCUACUAAUCUGGGGAUCACCUAUAUUUUCCUGGUGUAAUCCAACUGUCUUUUUGUGUAUUAUGCAUUUGAUCAUUUUGAACACCAAAGAGGGAUAACUCUCCCUGGUAUACGAUCCCUCCUUAUUAUUUUCUAGAUGAAAAUUAUGUGUAAAAUGAAAAAUUUAACUUAGUCCAAGUCUACUUGUGAAAAGUUAUUUUCAGAGGCAUGGGCUUUAUGUUAUGCUUGAUAACAAAUUUUGAAGUUUGAACCAAGAGAUACUAUUUAAUUAGAGUAACAAAAAAGAACUUGAGGGUUAGGAUAGGCAGACCCUUUCUUAUGAUUUAAUUCUCGAUUGAUUGCCAAAAGCAUUAUUAGGAUACAUACCAACUGCACAAAGCCAAACACAUCAAAGUGAUGUCAAUGUCUCCCCACUCUGGUGAGGAGAGAAAUACCCAUUACCCAACACACCAUUACUGCUCUUUUUCUUUUUCCUUCAAAUAAUUCUUAUUUUCUUAUUUCAUUUUGUAGUUUGUGUGUAUACAGAAAUCUGUCAGGACUGUAUCAAAAUAAAAACUUACAUAAUUACAAAACUGUGUCAAUUGAGUCUCGGUUGAAUUUAGCCAUAUCUGUGACAAAAAUUUCUUUCCUUAUGGCUCCUUCUUUUGCCAAGUUAUGUGCCACCUAGUUUGACUCUUUCCGAAUGUGAGAGAAAACAAUCCAUCACUCUUUACAUAUCCCAAAUAUCUCAUGAAAGAUUUUGGGUGAUCUCAAAAGGGUGUUGAGCGUCUUAUCACAACUUAUAAUGUUUCUCGGACCUCCUUCCACCACUACUACAGUCCAUUCUGGCAAUUGGAAGCGAAUACCCGUUAGCAGCACACAAGCUUCUGUUUCAUUUGAAUCAGAAGUCCUUUGUUAUCGCAGUAGGUGGAAAUAAUUUCCCGCAUGUGUUUGUGAAGUACACAACCUACUCCUGCCCAACUAAGGUUUCCCAAAGAGCAUCCAUCAAAAUUAGCCCUCUAUAGUUGUCUGCCAGUCCGAUGGCUAGAUGCCUCUUGGUCUGGAGCUCCACUGUAUAUUUCUUUAUUGCUUAUCCAAAUCUGAGUUUGAGUAACUUGAAAAUUUCCUUUUUGGAUAGGGCCCAUGAAAUAACCAAUGCCCUACCUCGAUCUGUUAUCUGUGGCAGCUCCUUAUAUUGUUCUUAGAAGAUGCAUUUAUUUCUUUUAGCCCAUAUUGUCCAUAGAACUACGGCGAUUGUUAGUAUCAAUUGUUCUAGUCCUUGGUAUGGUAGGUGACAAGAUUCCCCACUGAUGCUGUACAUGCCCAAUUGAAACCGAAUAGAUUCAGGAAAAAGGACCAUACCUUUGACGCAAACUUACAAUUUACGGGCAAAUGGCCGACAGUCUUCUCAUCGAUUUUACACAUAAUGUGCCAAUUUGGGUUCAUGAGGCCUUUAUGUCACAGGUGAUCCAUCUUUAGUAUUUUCCAGUGUAGCCAGCCAUAAUGGGGUUUGGGACUUUGGGCUCUUGGUGGUGUAGGCAGUUUCCAAAGUUUGUAUGCUGACUGCAUUUCCUGGAUUUUCUUCAUCAGGCUCUUAUAAGAGAAGGACUAACCUGAAAAUUCACAUCUGCUAUCUGGUGAAUAGAUGACAGCAUUUGUUUAUCUGUGUGGAAAUGAGCAUUGAUUCUAGGUCUCUAAGCAUGUUACACAGUUUCUCAGGCUCACUUUCUUUCAGGUACCUUCUAAAAUCUGAACACCUGGCACCACAAUGUCUCCUGCCCUAAGUGUCAUCAACUCUGCCACCACCGCUUCUCGGUCACUAGCAAUUGCAGCAAGGUUAUGGAACCUUGUUGCUAAGGUGCAUGAAGAGAGACACCUGAAGACAUAGGGUGGCAUCGUUGACUACUGACCUUUUAGAGGUCUCACAGGACACUCUCUGUGUUGUUUCCUUUUAAGCUUUUUGAAUAAAUGCAGAAGCUUACCACCAAUAACUCAGACCUAUGCUCUGGCCAUCCUACAUCUCCUUAUACUGCUAAGAGUUCAUCAUGGUGGAACUCAUCUGGAAUACAAGUUCCUAAGGGGAAAAGGUGCAUGACUUUGAACCUGGAAAUGGAUUCUUCACUUUCCCAUCCUGGUUCUCUGAAGCACCUAGAAACCAGUUUACCUGAACAAGAUUCAUGUUCAUCUCAAUCUACUGGUCAAUCUGAGGAAGCUGCUGGUGUGAUUGGAGGGAGCGGUGGAUUUCAAGGAUCUUCAGCGCAACCUGUAGAUGAUGAAACUGGUAGAAAAGGACUUCAAACUUUUAUGAAAGCUGGUCUACCCGCCGGGCCAACUGAGUACUUUUCUCCUCUUCCACAGAUGGAGUAUGGCCACUCAUUUACGCAUGUGCCAUGUCCCUAUAUGGCAGCAUCUUACUUUGGUGGUGCGCUGGCUCCUUAUGGCUCUCAGACUAUGCUUACCUCACAAACACUAGGGUUGCAACAAACACGCAUGCUACUGCCUUUGGAUUGGACAGAAGAACCCGUUUAUGUAAAUGCAAAACAGUAUCAUGCCAUCCUUAGACGGCGACAAUCUCGGGCUAAGCUUGAGGCCCAGAACAAGCUUGUCAAGUCCCGGAAGCCUUACCUCCAUGAAUCACGCCACCUCCAUGCAAUGAAGCGAGUACGUGGCCGUGGUGGUCGUUUCGUUAACACCAAGAACAAUAAUAAGUCUGAAGAAGCCAACAUUUCUUCAGGGGCAGCUUCACUCCAAGCUGGAAGCUCCGCUUCCUCCGAGGUUUUGCAGCCUGAAAAUGCAAAUAUAGGCCAUGGAAUCUCAGAAGUGAGCAGUUCAUUGGUGGCCUACUUGCCUGAAUCAGGUAACGGUCAUGAUAGCUUUGGUGAAUUUUUCAGGCACUCUAAUUUCAGGCUUUCUGUUUAUGGGUCGGAUUCAAAACAAAAUUCGGCAUGAGAAUUGGGUGAGGAUUCCGGCAAGAAGUGGCUGGAAACUGGCAAUUCAUCCUUGGCUGGUUGGUGUCAUGUAUUUUGUGUAACCCAUCAAAUGUGCUUUGGUUUUGGGUUGGAAAGGGCAAGUUAAGGUGGCUGGAACGGUUUGUUGGCGGGUUUUUUUUGCUUUCCCUGUGGAUGAUAUUUAUGGGAUUUGCCACUCCAUUUUGUCUGGGGCAACGCGGAAGCUGGUUUGGGCAGGUUUGUGGCCAUGAUCAGGGUAUGUUGUGGGAUUUUCUUAGAUUUGGUUAGUAGAUCAGAAUAUGUAUAGAUUUGAAUUGAACUUCGAAAGCUGGAUGGUUCUGCUUAA